AUGGCAGAAGCUCAUCAAGCAGUAGCUUUUCAGUUUACAGUAACUCCAGAUGGGAUUGACCUGCGGAUGAGCCAUGAGGCACUCAAACAGAUCUACCUGUCUGGUGUCCAUUCAUGGAAGAAGAAGUUCAUCAGAUUCAAGAAUGGGAUUAUCACUGGCGUUUAUCCUGCGAGCCCAUCUAGCUGGCUUAUUGUCGUUGUGGGCGUGAUGUCAACAAUGUAUGCCAAAAUUGAUCCUUCUUUAGGAAUAAUAGCUAAAAUCAACCGAACGCUUGACACAACCGGCUGUAUGUCAAACCAAACGCAGAACGUCGUGAGCGGAAUUCUUUUUGGCACGGGGCUUUGGGUUGCCCUUAUUGUCACGAUGCGCUACUCUCUAAAAAUGCUGCUUUCCUAUCACGGUUGGAUGUUCGCCGAACAUGGCAAACUUUCUGCAGGCACCAAAUUUUGGAUGACACUUGUAAAACUCUUCUCAGGACGUAAACCCAUGUUAUACAGUUUCCAGACAUCUCUACCGCGAUUGCCAGUUCCAGCCGUUAAAGACACAGUCAACAGGUAUCUGGAAUCAGUUCGGCCGCUUAUGGAUGAUGAAGAGUUCAAAAGAAUGGAGGGUCUUGCCAAAGACUUUGCAUUUAAUUUGGGACCAAGGCUGCAGUGGUAUUUGAAACUGAAAUCCUGGUGGGCCACAAACUAUGUUAGCGAUUGGUGGGAAGAAUAUAUCUACCUUAGGGGACGGGGACCGAUCAUGGUUAAUAGUAACUAUUUUGCAAUGGACUUCCUUUAUUUAUCUCCCACGACCCUGCAGGCAGCUAGAGCUGGUAAUGUUAUCCAUGCCAUCCUGCUCUAUCGGAAAAAACUGGACAGACAAGAAAUCAAGCCG